UCUUAAUACUGCCAUGUCCUUAUAGUGAAAAUAUAUCAGUUGUAUUAUUAAUUUGUAUAUUUGCAUCUUGUUUAAAAGAUGACCAGUGUAUAUUAAAUAAGCUGUGAAUUAUGAAGGAAAAUUCCCUGGUCUGUAAGGGGAGGAGGCUGCUGAUGGGAGUGAUCCUCACAUGUUCAGCACAUUCACCUCAUCUGCACCUGCAGGAAAACCAUCCAGGCAGAAGAUGCUUUCCUUUCCUUUUUGAGUUUAAGUAAGUUUUUUUUAUCCCAUUUACAUAUUUUUGCCCAAAAACUAAACAAAACAAACUAACAAACACAAAAAAAGACUAUGUAGAAGUUCUCCAAGUGUGUCCGUAUGGAGUCUGUGCAGCGCUGAAGCUCAUCGUUUCACUGGUCCUAACAGAAAGAUGAACGCAUCCCAGCAGAUCCACGUCUUCUCCUCACACUGGAAAGUUGAGUCGGUGAUUAUUUCUCUCAUAUUCUCCAUGAUUUUUUUGGUCGGUACUGUGGGGAACUGUCUAGUGCUCGCCGUUCUCAUUCGCAACGGCCAGAUGAACACAAAGAGCACCAACCUGUUCAUCCUGAACCUCGGGCUGGCAGACCUCUGCUUCAUCGUUUUCUGCGUGCCGCUCCAGGCCACUAUCUACACCAUGGACGAGUGGGUUUUCGGCGCGUUCGUGUGCAAAGCCGUGCACUUUAUUAUUUACCUGACCAUGUACGCGAGCAUCUUCACUCUUGCUGCAGUGUCUCUGGACAGAUAUCUUGCCAUACGGUAUCCUCUGCGCUCUAGAGAAACGCGAACUCCACGUAACGCCCUGACCUCCAUCAGCCUGGUGUGGGCGCUCUCGCUCUUCUUCUCCAGCCCUUAUCUCAGCUACUACCAGCAGAUGGACCUAGACGGUACCACCGUUUGCAUCCCAGCAUGGAGCGUCCAUCAUCGCCAGGCCAUGGACAUCUGCACCUUCAUAUUCGGCUACCUGAUCCCAGUCCUCAUUCUGGGCAUCACAUACGCCCGCACCAUCCGCUACCUCUGGACCUCCGUGGACCCCAUGCAGGACAUGUCAGAAUCACGCAAGGCCAAGCGCAAGGUGACCAAAAUGAUAAUCAUAGUCGCUGUGCUUUUUUGUUUAUGUUGGCUGCCUCAUCACUUGGUUAUCUUGUGCAUGUGGUUUGGCCAUUUCCCGUUAAACCACACCACGUACGUUCUUCGCAUUUUAUCGCAUUUGGUUGCGUACGCCAACUCCUGCCUGAAUCCAAUCGUGUACGCUCUGGUGUCCAAACACUUCCGUAAGGGGUUCAAAAAGGUGUUUGGGUGUGCUUUUCGUAAUCGGGUUGUAAACCGGAUACACACUGUGCAACCGGCACAGACGGUAAGCCUAAUGGAAGCCGCCUCGAGCGAAGGAUCCAAUCAUUGCGACGGGUCAACCCGCGGUCGACUGUGGAGCAAAAGCAGCAAGAAAAUGAUGACGAGCGCCUUUAUGACAUUUAAUGUGACAUAAUCCGCUUUUCCAUCAAGUCUGUGCUCAGCAAAGUAAAAACCCAGUGGCUUCUAACAGCGUUUGAGCUGCGAUUGCAUAACAAAAGUCAUCACAGGUAGAGAGGAAGCAGAGCUUUAUGUGGAUUUGAUGAAGACAGUGAGUGAUGUUUGAAAUUAAAGUCUCAGCGUCUGUGUUUUGUCAGCUUUCGUCACCGUGGCUGUGUUUUGUAAGUGCGCAUGUCAUUGAGAAUCAUGGAGGUACUGUAUAUCAAAAGAUUCAAUUAUAAGAAGAAAAUGCUCAUGUCAAGUUGUAGGGUUCAAACAAAUUGAUCGCAUUUGAACACAUUGUAGGAUUCCUGUCACUGUGUAAUAUUUCUCUGACAUUUUCAGCUCCUUCAGGGUUAUUGUUAUAUAAGCAUAUAAGACCUGAUGCAUAGGCAAAUUACAUAUUCAAGUGUCUAUGAUUUGAAAAGGAAAAGGUACACAAGAAGUCUUAAAGGGAUAGUUCACCAAAAAAUGAAAUUCUGCCAUCAUUUACUCACCCUUCAUUUGUUCAAAACCUACUUGAGUUUCUUUUUUCGAUUAAACCAUAGACUGUAAAAGAUAUGGAUGUAGUAUCCAUAACGUCACCCAUAAGUUUUUGAUGAGCGCAAAUGAAACAACAAGUAGGAGUGGCCAACCGCCGCCAUUUUUUUUUCACGUCAUCGCACCCACCGGGGGUGAACAAAUAAGGGCAAAGAGGCGGAGCGUGAGC